CGCCUGGGGUUGCCUUUGGUCUUCAGGAGAAGACAUCCCGAGGGGGAAGAAAGAAAAAAAAAGACCAUUCUUUUGCUUGCCCCGGAGGGCUGAAGCGGAUUUCUAUCGCCCCCCACUGUGGUCCAUCCAAAUGGAUUUGAAAAAGUGUUAAAAUCUUUCCAAUGUAUGCUUCCAGAGCGCUCUGCUUUGGCUUGCAGUACUCAGAGAAUGGCCAUGGUCUCUGCAAUGUCCUGGGUCCUGUAUUUGUGGAUAAGUGCCUGUGCUGUACUGCUCUGUCAAGGGUCCCUUCAGCAAACAUUUCAGCAGCAUCAGCAUCUGCCCAGACCAGAAGGAGGAACAUGUGAAGUUAUAGCAGCGCACAGAUGUUGUAAUAAGAAUCGAAUUGAGGAGAGAUCACAGACAGUAAAGUGUUCCUGUCUACCGGGGAAAGUGGCUGGGACAACACGGAACAGACCAUCAUGUGUUGACGCCUCAAUAGUCAUCGGGAAAUGGUGGUGUGAGAUGGAGCCCUGCCUAGAGGGUGAGGAAUGCAAGACAUUACCUGACAAUUCAGGAUGGAUGUGUGCAACUGGCAAUAAAGUCAAGACCACCAGAAUUCAUCCGAGGACCUAACAAAAAUUCUUCUGAAAGAAGCCUGUGAAGGAACUCCCUGCAGAUAGAAGGCAGAAAUCUUUGAACCUUAAACCAUCUCCAACUUCUACAAGCCAAAUGGUUUUUGUUUUCUUUUUGUUUUUAAUUUGCACUUUAACUCUGCACCAGAGGAAACUGCAAUGGCUUUGCUUGGGUAGAGCCAAAACACCCUAGACAAAUAAUGAAUCAGAGCGGACAGCAAAAGAAAAAGAAGAAGAAGAAGAAGAAGAAGAGAAGGGGGAGAGAGAGAGAAAGAGAAGAGACAUUGGCAAGCUGUUCAACAGAAGCAAGUUUUGCGAUUCUGAAAGAUGAACAAUGGUCCCGUACAGGUGGAUGGACCAUGUUUAUUUGUAUCAUUUACAAAUAUAUAAAUAUAUAAAAUAUUUUGAAAUAAACCCUGACUCGCUGAGAAACUGAAGCGAACCACACUUUGCUGCAACUGCUUUAAUUUUGCUUUAUUUAAUUGUAAAGAGAUAAGGGCUUUGGAGAUCGAGACGCCGGUGAAGAAAGAACAUGAAUAAGGAUGAAGACUGACUCAAUAAUUGGAAUGCUUCUUCCUUUUUGUUACAAUGAUGAUUGUGUCAGCCAGAGGUUGAAGGGAAUUCAAUUUUUGUUUUUCAUAUUCCUGUGUUCUGCAGUCUUUUUUUUCCCCCUCUCUCUCUCUCUCUCUCUUCGUGCAACAUUUGCAUGCUGGCUUUGCUUACAUUAAACAUACUUUAUACUUAAUUGAUACGUGAUUCCGGGAACAUUUUCCAGGGCCAAGAAUUGUCCCAGAGAGAAAAGAAAAGAGACUCUUAGUAA